GCAGUCUUUCACUAUUCCGUCUGCGCAUAAUAAUACUCUCUCAUUUUUUUCUUUCUAUAUAAACCCCCCUCUCUACUCUUCAUACCUCACACUUCGCUAUCAUUCUUCUUCUUUCUUCUAACUGUUUCUUCACUUUCAUUGAAACAAAAUGGCUAUGAGAUCUGCUGCUUCCACCUUGCUCUCUGCUUCUUCCAUCGUCGCCAGAAACUUUCAUGCCUCCCCUGGAAAGAAGAAGAUUGUAGGUGUGUUCUACAAAGGCAAUGAGUAUGCUGCAUCGAAUCCCAAAUUUGUGGGAUGUGUUGAAGGAGCAUUAGGCAUACGCGAAUGGUUGGAAUCACAAGGACAUGAGUACAUUGUCACUGAUGACAAAGAAGGACUCAAUUCUGAACUUGAGAAGCACAUUCCUGAUCUACAUGUCCUGAUAUCUACACCAUUUCACCCUGCCUAUGUUACCGCUGAAAGAAUUAAGAAAGCUAAGAAUUUAGAGCUACUUUUGACUGCCGGAAUUGGUUCUGAUCACAUUGAUCUCAAUGCUGCGGCUGCUGCUGGUUUAACCGUCGCAGAGGUCACAGGAAGCAACACAGUGUCGGUUGCUGAGGACGAGCUCAUGAGAAUUCUCAUUCUGGUGAGGAAUUUUGUGCCUGGUUAUCAUCAGUCUAUUACCGGGGAAUGGAAUGUUGCUGGCAUUUCACAUAGAGCCUAUGAUCUUGAAGGAAAGACAAUAGGAACAGUUGGUGCUGGGCGUAUCGGGAAACUUUUACUCCAAAGGCUGAAACCUUUUAACUGUAACCUUUUAUAUCAUGAUAGACUCAAGAUGGAGCCUGAAUUGGAGAAAGAAAUUGGAGCUAAGUUUGAAGAGGACGUCGAUGCAAUGCUUCCAAAGUGCGAUGUAAUUGUUAUCAACAUGCCUCUCACCGAUAAGACAAAAGGAAUGUUUGACAAAAAGAGAAUUGCUAAGUUGAAGAAAGGUGUCUUGAUUGUUAACAAUGCUCGCGGGGCAAUUAUGGACACACAAGCAGUUGCUGAUGCUUGCGCUAGUGGACACAUAGGAGGUUACAGUGGUGAUGUUUGGUUCCCUCAACCAGCUCCAAAAGAUCAUCCAUGGCGCUACAUGCCAAACCAUGCCAUGACUCCUCAUAUUUCUGGAACCACCAUAGAUGCACAGUUACGUUAUGCUGCUGGAGUCAAAGAUAUGCUUGAGAGGCACUUCAAGGGUGAAGACUUUCCCAAACAGAACUACAUUGUGAAGGCGGGUGAAUUAGCAAGCCAAUACCGGUGAAUGAAGUAGUAUCAAAGAGUUGUUUUAAGUCUUGUGUUUUAAGGCCAGUGGAUUCUACUAAAUAAAGAUAUGUGCGGCUUUGUAAUAAUGUACUCAGCUUUGUUGAGUUUGAAAUUUGUUUAAUAAAAACUGUGAUGGACACAAGUAUGAUUCUUGUGUUUUCCUGAA